AGGCUCGCACGCCUCUAUACUCUUCACCUGCACGCCAUGCACGCGUUCUGGUCGGACGUGGAUCUGGAAAGGAACAUAAAGAACAAGAUUCCUGACCACCUUCACGGCAUCGACGUGUCCUGGUGGACUUCGGAGGUUCCAGGAGGGAGUGCGAGGACUCUCCCUUCCAAACUCCAGCUGAUAUUCCAGCUGGCAAGAUCGUUCAUGAAGGAGACGGAGGAAGGGAAGUACGAGCUGAAGAGGAGUGAGUGGGAGAUCAUCAACGAGAUCUUAGAGAAGGAGCGAAGGGACUCUGCCAUGACAGACCUUGUCUGGCACACGGCUACGAAGCGGUUCGUCAGCAGACCGAGCAAGGCUGGAACCACGGGGACAACAACUGCGAUCGAUAAGAAGAAGAAGACUGGAAGGAGGAAGGGGAAUGAUGUUUGAUUCUUGUGUAAAUUAGCACUCAACUGUAAAGAUACCAUCAAAGAUGCUCCUGCAGCGCUGAAGGGAGGACAGAUACAUCCCCAGUCAGAAUCGCUUCUGCAAGUUUCUCCGCCAGCAGCGCGUGGUGUAUCAGCCCCCGGGAGCCGAGCCCAGUACAGAGCCACACGGGCCUCGACACCCCAGCGACGUCGAGGAGCCUCCCGCACAUUGGGAUGGAGCCUUCCGGUCCUCGGGGAGGAGAAGCUUUCACGCCCACCACAGCUCGGGCUGGGUACCAGGCGUCUGAUUGCAGCGGCUGAAACAGCGUGCAGAGCUCGUGGUAGAUGUUGUCUAGGGCAGAAGUUACAUUGGACUCCCUGUUCCAUAUAUCCACGUUCUCUUGUGUGGCCCCACAGAUCAGUUGAUCAGGGCUAAGAUCAAGCCCUCUUCCUCCUGCCUCCGA